AUCUGUGUCACCUGCCUAAGACCUAACACGCAAGCGGUCACUACUGCAUUCCAUCGCCAUGAAGCUGAUGCUGCUGAUGAUAUUGUGCACCGCCGUGACCGCCAUGGCAGCGGUGGAAAGCGUAGUUGAGUCCUCGGAGAUCAGCGUGGACAAGUACAUAGAGCAGUACACCAAUGACAGACUGCAGCCUUGCUGCGAACGGUGCUACGAUAGCUUGGGUAACAAUGGAUGGUGCGCUUACAGGUGGCAGGGAUGUGGUUUGUAUGGGUACCAAGCGGUAACAUCCCGGGGUUGUGCUCCUGCCAAAAUGAUUUGUGAUGUAAAUGGAUCAAGGUGCCCGCGGUACAAUCCCUGCAUCUUGCUGCAUCUUCAAGAAGCGAGUCGUUCCGUUUGAACUGCUUGAGAUUGCUUGAACUCUAUCAAAAAAAUUUCUCCGUAAUUUUUCACACAACCGCUUUGAAUGUUGCUUCAUUUUGGUUGUUUCUAAAGUUGUACGGUGGAUGAGUCUUAUUUCAAUCGCUUAGCUAUUUUCGAUACAGGUUUGUUGUGAGGCUUUCAUUGUUUUUCAUAGCUUAAUCUUUCCUUAUGAUUGGAUCAAGACAAGGAUCAAGGAAUGAAUUGAACGCUUUAUGUCAUUUCAUUAUCCCUGCGGCGGUUUUAUCUCUGCUAAAUCUAAACGAUGUGAAGCUGAACAAUUUGCAACUUCGUGCUCGGCAUUAUAGCAAGCCCCGAAUUUCCUUCACCUAAAUUAUCGCUGAAGAUUGUAAUGCAUUGCUUUAUGCCAAUACAAGAUGAAAGAUUC